CUUCCCCUCUUCUCGAAGCUCGAUUUUCCUUUAUAAACGAAGAAGGCCCCAUCCCCUCAUCUUCGAUCCCUCUCACGAUUCUCGAUCUCUACACGAUUCUGCCCCCUCCACCGAUCGACGUCAUCAACUGACUUUGUUCCUAUUUCCAAAACUGGCAACCGCCCCGCUCUUACGUUCCCGACGAUUGGGCCACCCUGCUGCGACGGAUUCCAGUCCGUUUUCCAAACCGGCCGAGUCCGUUCCUGUCUUCCAUCAUUUCCAGAGUCAAUGGCCCGGACCCCGGCAGAUCUGGCCACGCCCUUGCCGGCCCUGACUUCGCGACGCCGUCUCAGUGAACAUGAGUGCAGCCACGAGCCGUUGGCGCCCAUGUCCCUGAACCACCUCAAAGCGAGCGAGAUCAUCCAGAGAGUUCAUGGCGAUGCAAACAAUCUGCUUCGCAAUAUCCAAAGCCUGCUUCGAUACAGCCGAGUACCUGACAGUGCCACCACACAUGAUGGUGGCCGGCAUGUGCCAAGCGUCCUGCUCGGCAAUCCAAAGCUGCUACACGCCCAAAAGAUCUCCCAGCACAUUACCGGAGAUAUGGCGGAGCUGGUAGCCAUCUCUCAGAAAUCAAAGGAGGCGGCCCUGCGAGUGAGACGCCCCAACCAUUUGCGCAAGAUCCGUCGCAAGCAACACGGGGCGGCCGAGCAUACCAUGGACCAUCAAACAAACGACAGUAUGUCAGAUCCCUUCGUCUGCCACAACUGCCACACCACCUUUACACCGCAGUGGCGUAGCGGACCCGCGGGGCCGCACACCCUCUGCAAUGUCUGCGGUCUGAUUCAUGCCAUGAGGCAGCGGAAGCAGGGACUAAGGCACAGCAACCGAGUCUCGGCGUCUUCCUCACUGUCGUUUUCUUCUUGAGCCUGCGGGUAAAUCAUUUCAUCAUCUUCGUAUUUUUUGCCACGAUUAUUGGGGAUUUGGAUCUUGUUUGCGAUUAUGAUACCAUAUGUUCGAUUCACAGGAUUUGACGUUUAUCGAUGGAGUUAUGGGACCAAAAAACUGGAAGUCUGGUCAAUGGGGUGGCUGAAGGUCUGGGAUGGUCUGCUCUGUUACUUUGCUACUUCCUGGAAGGCUGGGACAAAGCCUGGGUGCCGCUUCUGGGCGUCGGCGUCUGGUUGUUUGGUACUCUGCGUGCCACGAGUGCCUUUCCACGCCUUCCUACUUUUUAGUCACAAGAUCUUGCUCCAACCGGGGUCCGUCGGCGCAGGGUACAAUAUUACGGAAU